ACAUAUAAAAAAAAAUUCAGCGGAGAUUUCUCCUGGUUUUUAUCCCUCCUCUUCUUCCAGGCUGAAAAAGGGACUUCUGUACAAAAUUUAAAAAAGAGAGAAAGAGGGGAGAGGAGCUUUUUCUCAAGAUCAUCAACAGAUAAAGGAGGAGGAGAAGAAGAAGAAGAAGAUGGGAGAACAGAUGAAAACCUCUUCUUCUUCUUCUUUGAAGUGCAAUGUCAAUGACAAAGUGAAUAAUUCUGUGACUUUCUGGGAGAUAGCUGUUGCAAGCGGUGUCGUUUUCGGGUUUGGCAUCGGCCUUUCUAUUGUUUACCUCACCAUGCCUGUUUCUGAUUAUAGUUUCCUCAAGCUUCCACGCACUCUCCAGGACCUUCGGAUUCUCAGAGAUGCUCUGGAGAUCUACACAAAUGACUACACAGCUCAGGUUCUUGCAGGAUACUGCAUGGUAUACAUCGUAAUGCAAACUUUUAUGAUUCCGGGUACUAUAUUCCUGUCAUUGCUUGCUGGAUCCCUUUUUGGAGUUUCCAGAGGUGUAGCUUUAGUUGUGUUCAAUGCUACAGCUGGUGCAUCAUCUUGCUAUUUUCUAUCCAAAUUAAUUGGACGACCUCUUCUCUUCUCUCUCUGGCCUGAAAAGCUGAGUUUUUUUCAAGAACAGGUGGCUAAAAGGCAUGAAUCUCUGCUGAACUAUGUGCUUUUUCUAAGAGUAACCCCGACUUUGCCAAAUACUUUUAUCAAUCUUGCUUCACCAAUUGUCGGUAUACCCUUUCACAUAUUCUUCUUGGGAACUUUAUUUGGGCUCCUUCCUGCUGCUUUCGUGACUGUCCGGGCUGGGAUGGCACUUGGUGAUUUGCGCUCCAUAGGUGAUCUCUAUGAUAUGCAGUCGAUAGCCACCCUUUUUCUUAUAGGAAUAUUUACUGUCACCCCGACAUUAAUGAACAAACCAAACCAUAAAAUUUCACUUGCCUGAUAAGUUGGGAAAAGUUUGGUCACCUGACUUCCACUUCAACUUCCGAUUUACUCUCCAUAGAAAUUUAUCUUAUAAAGAAGUUUCGGUCAUAUAUGAUCUACAACGGAUGGAGAUGUUUUGAGAGCCUGAGAGGUGGUGCUGCGCACCCUUCAUGGAAUUUGUGGAUGUGGAAGUCAUUGCGAGAAGUAAGUUCCAUGUAUCAUUUUCAGAUAUGUUAGACUAAUAUCAGUUGUUAGUAAACACUGGCAUCAAUGUAAAUGAUUCAAUAUCUAAUGUAGCUGACACUAGUGUUUGCCCUAUAAAUGAAGUUGCAUUCUGUUUCUUGA